CCAAAGCUAAAAUCACUUGGCUUGCCUGAAACAUAUUCUGUCAUUUGUCAAAAAUGAAGUCUGCUUAGAAAUCUGCUUCUGUGUGAGGAGGUGUCAGAGAACCAAACGGUCACCAUGUUGCAGCAGAUAUUGGAGACAAUGUACAUUGAGCCUGAACUACUGGCUGAGCUGAAUGAGGAGCAAAAGCAGAUGUUGUACUUCAAGAUGAGAGAGGAGCAAGUUCGGAGAUGGAAGGAAAAUGAAACAAAGUUACAGCAGGAAGAUGCCAAGCAACCGAAGAGAACGGGCCAAAAAAAGAUCGGCAAAUCGGUGGGCUGGCUGUUGGCGGCAGAUCAAAAUGUGUGGGUCUGGGUAUUGGGAGAAGGCCCUGGGGACAAGCCGUAUGAACAGAUCUGUGAUGAGAUUAUUGCAGAAAGAGCACGACAACAAGCUCAAAAAGAGGCAGGAGAACUGAGGAGGGUGAAGGAGAAGGAACUAACUAGGAGAUUCUCCCGCUCACUUAAGGUGGGAGGAGAGCGGGGUGUAGAUGCUGUCAAACAAAAAGAAGCAAAAAUGAGAGCAGCAGCAGAGGAAGAGGCCAGGAAAGUGGCUGCUGAGCACGAGAGAAUGCAAGUGGAAUUAAAGCAAAAAGAAGAUGAAGAACGCAGGACGCAAGAGGAGGAGAUCAAGCGUUUGGAAGAAGAGAGAACGCAGCAAUUAUAUAUAAAUUUGAAGGAAGCUCAGGAAAUGGUACAGAAGAAUGAGAAAGAAGAUCCUGAAUGGCGAGAGAGUCUAAGAAAAUCAAAGGCAGCUGAUGAGAGGAGGAAAUCUGUGGCCAAGCAGGCACGAGAUGACUACAAACGUCUCUCUCUCAAGGCUAUCGAGAGGGGGAAGGUGGCAGCCCUAUCACAGAAUUUCCAAUCCCAAACAAAGCCAGCAGUUCCACCACGCAAACCAGUGUUUGACCGAAAGGACCACAGAGCAAGAAAACAUACAAACUGCCACAGUUCUCAAGAGAAGGUUGUCCAGUGGUUUAGAGAACAACAAAUUCCACUCCGAGCAGGUUACGAAAGAUACAGAGAUGAAAUAGCACCCUGGUUUCAUGGUAUUAUAAGCAGGCAGGAGGCAGAGGACCUGCUGAGCAACUACAAACUUGGUGGGUUUCUAAUCCGUGUCAGUGAGAGGGUCACAGGCUACGCCUUAUCUUACCGAAGCAGUGAUGGGUUCAAGCAUUUCCUCAUUGAUUCCUCAAAGGAUUUGUACAGCUUCUUCGGGGCAGACCAGUUGCAACACACAACCCUGGCUGACCUUGUGGAGUAUCACAAGGAUGAGCCAAUUACAUCAGCGGGUGCAGAAGUCUUAAUCACCCCAUGCGGUCAGAUCAAGGACCUUCCAGACUAUGCUGGUCUCUUCUAUUGAAUUCUUCAAAACCAAGAAUUGUCAAUCUUCCUUCAACCUUGUCAUCUGAGCAAAUAUUUGAAAAAGGUAAUUGAGCCAAAGAUUAAGUCUCAAUUUCUAUGGGAAUUUCUAUACAGUAAAACCCUGGCUAGCUGAAACAAUGGGGAAGGAGUGAGCAGGGUUGCCGGAAAUUACAAUAAUUUGUAGCAAGAGGUCAACCAAACACUAGCCCAAAAGUGUUCGCUGCUAUAGGGCAGCAGAGUGGCCAAUGUAGGUCAGUGAUUUUGCAACUGUGUAAGGAAAGGUCUUCAAAGGGGGGAAAAAAAACAUUUUCCAGGUUUAAAUAAUUUUUUUUAAAAGCUAGACACCGUCCCAAAGCCAAAUUUUCAUGCAUUGAACAACAAAAAAGCAUAGCUAUUGGACGUGAACCCACCCAAUCCGACAAUGUUGCCAACGAGUCAGAAUUUCUGGCUAAAUGUAAUUCCAGUAUCGGCAUUUACUGGGGCAUUUGUUUGGGAAAUUAUUUUUAAAUUUCUUGCCAUUUCAUGCCCCGUCUGCUAGAUCCGAAUUCCAAGGUCCAGUGUGUUGGGGGUUUACUGUAUAUUUCUGUACAGAAAGAAUAUAAAUCUUAUCAUAUAUCCAGUCUGAAAUGGACACAAUUCUCUUACUAGAUUGCCUGGUAUAUAUGUAACAUCUACAGUAUGUUGCUGUAUUUUUGUGGGACUGGAUAGUUUCUCAUGACAAUUUGAAGGUAUACAUUUUUGUAUAUCGUAUAUCGGGAUGAUGUUUGAUUGAUUGUGAGGCAAAGGAGUAGAACUAUCCUCAUUUUAUUUACAAAUGCUGGACAUCUUGAAAGGUUCAUUGUUUACUGCUAUAUUCUGCCUGCAUUUGACAAGAUGUGACGAUGUGCUAGUAUUGUGCACCUCCUAAUUGUGCCAUUGUGUAUUGUAAGAAACAUACUUUCAUAGUUAUAAAAUAAUCUGUGGUGUUUCACAUGGUUGGAAGAGAGCUAAUUCUGCGUUUCCAGAUAUGCCACAAAUCGGUACCUGAGCAGUAUCAAAGCCAGUUGUGAUGUUCAAAGAUCAUAUAUUUUCCUGUGAAUUUAAUAAAGUGCAAUUGUGCUA